AAGCAAUCAACCUUUAUAAAAUAUUUAUUUCAGAGCCCAGCAACUUGACUCUAAAAAUCUACCGCGCUGAAUCCUAUGCUGGUCUAGGAGAGUUCAAAGCAGCCAUAGAGGACCUGAAUGCAGUGCUCUUUCAGCUGCCAAGUUGGCCCGAGAUUUUAUUUGAUUUAUUAUCACCUGAAAGCUUAAAAGAAGGCCUGAAGGAUUCUUCCUGGAGUUCAUUGCCAUGUACUAAGAACAAACCUUUUGGUUUUCCGUCAGUAAUGGAAGAGUUUCACUCUGCCAGUGAGCUCAGCUCAGAGCAGAAUGAAGAAAUACCUGAGACCCCGGCAGAACCUGUCAAAGGAAGCUUAAACCGUGCUCAGUCAGCACAGGCUAUCAAUUCCACAGAAAUGCCCACCAGAGAGGAUUGCUUAAAACGCGUGUCCUCAGAACCUUUGCUCUCUGUUCAAGAAAAAGGUGCUCUCCUGAAAAGAAAGCUAUCUCUCUUAGAACAGGAUGUGAUUGUCAAUGAAGAUGGAAGAAAUAAGCUUAAAAAGCAAGGAGAAACGCCCAAUGAGGUCUGUACGUUUUCAUUAACUUAUGGUGACAUCCCAGAGGAAUUAAUAGACGUCUCAGAUUUUGAGUGUUCUCUCUGCAUGAGGUUGUUUUUCGAGCCAGUAACAACCCCUUGUGGACACUCAUUCUGUAAGAACUGUCUUGAGCGUUGUUUAGAUCAUACACCAUAUUGUCCCCUUUGCAAAGAAAGCUUAAAAGAGUAUCUAGCAGAUAGGAGGUACUGUGUCACACAGCUGUUGGAAGAAUUAAUAGUGAAGUAUCUGCCUGAUGAGCUGUCUGAGAGAAAAAAAAUAUAUGAUGAAGAAACUGCUGAACUCUCACACUUGACCAAGAAUGUCCCAAUAUUUGUUUGCACUAUAGCCUACCCCACUGUGCCUUGCCCUCUUCAUGUAUUUGAGCCAAGAUAUAGAUUGAUGAUUCGAAGAAGCAUACAAACUGGAACGAAACAGUUUGGGAUGUGUGUCAGUGACAAGCAGAAUGGUUUUGCAGAUUAUGGUUGUAUGUUACAAAUUAGAAAUGUACAUUUCUUACCUGAUGGAAGGUCUGUGGUGGAUACUGUUGGAGGAAAGCGGUUUAAGGUUUUAAAAAGAGGAAUGAAAGAUGGAUAUUGCACUGCAGACAUUGAAUAUCUGGAAGAUGUUAAGGUGGAGAAUGAAGAUGAGUUAGAGAGUCUCAGGCAGCUUCAUAAUUUGGUCUACUCUCAAGCCUGCAGCUGGUUUCAGAAUUUAAGAGACAGAUUUCGAAGCCAAAUUCUUCAGCACUUUGGCUCAAUGCCCAGGAGGGAGGAAAACCUUCAGGCGACUCCUAAUGGACCUGCCUGGUGUUGGUGGCUUCUUGCAGUUCUCCCUGUGGACCCCCGAUACCAGCUGUCAGUUUUGUCAAUGAAGUCUUUGAAGGAACGGUUGACAAAGAUACAGCAUAUCCUGACCUAUUUUUCUAGAGACCAAUCUAAGUAACUAACUGCUUGGAUCUUCCUUUAAAGUUACCCUAACCUGGCUCUGUUGAUGGCCAGGUUGUCUGCUGCCUUUGCACCUCCAGUGCUGGUUUGAAAAAUGUAUGGAAACUCUUGUGUUUUUUUUUUUAUUUCCUCAACCUCCAGAAUCAUGUGGUUCUGCAAAUGAAUACCCUCAACUAGGAUUUAGACCACUAAGAACUUGCACAGGAAAACACACAGCAAAUGUGUGUUAAACCUCUACAUUGUGAUGAAGUUGCACUAUGUACCGUAUUCUAAAAUGAAAUGAGAACUUUGUAUGUGUGUGGAGUGUGUGUGCGCGAGCGUGUGGGUAGUAUGUGUGCAUUUUCUCUGGCUUUAAGAUUUUAAAAGAAAAAAAAAAGCCAUAGAGAGCAGAGCUUACCGAGGGUCAUUUACUGCCUAAGUUUACAACAGUAGCGAUACGAGUUUUUGCGAAUUGCAUUUGCCUCCGAUUUUUCUGUCUGAAUGCUUCUGUUUGCACAGGUGUGUAAACUGUGGUAUCGCGUAUCGCUCUGCUGGAAAUCCUGCUCUUGCUGAACUGUCUUGACCAUUGACUAUGAUACUUUCCUAUUUAUGUAAAUACGUGCACCCCGGUGGCCGACGGGGGUGCAGAACCUAGAGCCAGUUUUCAGGAACAAUUGCAAACCUGACAUGGUACUGUGCAUCUAUUCACAAAACACUCAAAACUGUGAAAAUAUGGUUUACAUUUAAUUGUACAUAAAGGCAAAUGGAGAACUCAAUUCAGUACCAGUUAGUUUGUACCUUUUAGGGGGCUUUUCUCAUUAACUGCCCAUCUAUGUAAUUUAUAGUUUGACAUGAUGUGUUUGUGUAAAACAAUGACAUAGUUCAAACCCAUUAAGGACCUGAGGGAAGAGAAGGAGCUUAAUGUAGAACUAAGCUUUUACAGUCUGUUUUGUUUUCUAAUUCUGGUCUCGGUGCAAAUGUUAGUUAUGCCUUACUCAUCUGACAAUUAGAGCACCAUGCUGUGACGUGGUUUAUACUCAUGCUGCCCUAGACACUUUUGUAAUUAUUUGUUGCAAACUUAGGACUGUCCUUAUUAACUUUCUUUUAUGUAAGUAAUUUGUAAAAAUUUCAGAAAAACUUGCUUUUGCUUAUUUAAUUUUGAAUAAAAGCUAAAUUCAUAACAA